AUGAUGAUGAUGAUCAAAUCGGUUUUGCUGAUGGCCUUAAUUGGCGCGACACUUGCCGGUCCGUCAUUGAGAAGCAAAAGGGAUGAUGGAUCGUCGUCAGAUGGAAGCGAUGGAUUCCCGGUGGUGGAGAGCGAUGCUAAAUUCGAAGGCUCUGGGGAUGUCGAGGCCUCUGGAGCUGAAGCAGAAAACACCCAAGAGCCAAAAUUCGAAGAAGAGGAGGAAUUGAAGGAGGAGCAUCAUGAUCACAGCGAGCACACGAUGACUGAGGAGGAGACCGUUAAGGAGGAGCCAGCUCAGCCAGAGACGCCAGUGAUUGUCGUCGAGCAUCCUCAAGAAGUCAAGGAGGAAUCGACAACUGAGCCGGCUCCAAUGACGACGACGACUCACGCCAACUCCGGCGCCACCAGCCUCACCACCGCCGCGUUCGCCGUCUUCUCGCUCGUCUGCCUUGUUCUCUAA